UACAACACAGGCGGCAAUGACAACAGUACCCACCGCCUCGGGCCUCUCAUACCUCGUCAUCUCUGGCGGGACAGGCGCAAACUCGUUCGCGUCGGCCUUUGGUCGCGCGCCUGCUUUUGUCCUGCCCGUGUCAGACGACGGCGGGUCGUCUGCCGAGAUCCUGCGAUGCUUUGGUGGGCCCUCGAUUGGUGACAUCCGCUCUCGCCUCAUCCGUCUCAUUCCCCUGCCGCCCAAAGGGCAGGAAGAGUCUGAGGCGGACGUGGAGCGUCGCGCGAUCUACAACCUCAUGGCGCACCGAUUCCCUGCUGACGCGCCUGAGAGCGUCGUCCGAGAGCGGUGGGAAGAGAUUGUUGAGGGACGUGGCGAGCUGUGGAAUGGUGUGGGAGAAGACAAGAAGGAGUGCAUUCGAGCCUUCCUCGUCCAUUUCCAGACGCUCUGUCUCCGCCGUGCACACAAGCGCUUCUCCUUCCGAAACUUCUCUCUGGGAAACGGGUUCUUGACCGGCGCGCGCGACCUGUUCAGCAACCUCCCAAGUGCCAUCUUCCUCUUCAAGUCUGUCGGUGGUGUGAACGAGGGAGCGCAGGUCAUUCCCGUCAUCAACACCAAUCGCAAGUAUCUAAACAAAACAAUCACCAUUGCGGUCCAGCUUGAAAACCAGAGCACCAUCGUGGGGCAGUGCAACAUCUCCCACCCAACACCAAGCUCAAACCCGCUCUUGAGACACAACGCUGGUGGCGUCCCAGUUGUCCCGGUGCCCAUCAACGGCGGUGCGCGGCGGCACGGAACGAGGCGCGACUCGCGGACAUUCGACACGGCAGAAAGUGCACUGGCGACGCCAGAGCGAGGAACCACGCCAUUGUUGCCAGGCGAGGAGAGGGAAGAUUCGGGUGGAAAUCUUGCGUACACGAAGGGCAUGAAGGAGGUCCCGCUCGAGUCGCGCAUCGAGCGCCUGUUCUACAUCAACCUCUACGGUCAGGUGAGCGUCCUCACUCUCCGCUCCACUGACGUCCAGGAAAUCUUCCCCGAGCCCAACACCGACUUCUACAACGCAUUGGACAAGCGCGAUGUACUUGUCUACAGCUGUGGGUCUCUGUGGACCAGUAUCGUGCCGUGUAUUGCCCUGCGCGGUUUGGGGACGUCGAUCGCUCAAUCCAAGUCGCUCAAGGCGAAGGUUGUUCUCCUGAACUCUGUAAAUGACCGUGAGACCGGCGACUACACUGCCAUGGACUACAUCGACACGAUCGCCAACAUGCUGCGGCACUACGACGUCCCGGUCCCACUACGCGCCAGCUUCGGAGAGGGCGUUCCAUGGGAGACGAGGAGCUUCAUCACGCAUGUGGCGUAUCUAGAGGGAGGCAAGGUACCCGUGGACGAGAAAGCGAUUCGUGAGCGUGGUAUCAACGUCAUCCGGAUCCCUGCGGCCAUCCACCAGACCCCGGAGGGCAAGACGCCCCUGUUCAAAUCCUCGACAGUCAGCUGGGCGAUGGACCGUGUGGUAGAGGACAUUGGACAUUAGCUUGGACUUUGCAUUGACGCUGCCUUGAUGCAUGAGCACUGUU